AUGAGCUUCGGCGGCGCGGACGCGCUGCUGGGCGCCCCGUUCGCGUCGCUGCACGGGGGCGGCAGCCUGCACUAUGCGCUGUCCCGCAAGGGCAGCACGCGCUCGGCGACCGGCUCCUCCAGCGGCUUCCACUCAUGGGCUCGGACCUCCGUGAGCUCCGUGUCCGCCUCACCCGGCCGCUUCCGCGGCGCCGGCGCCGCCUCGAGCACUGACUCGCUCGACACGCUGAGCAACGGGCCGGAGGGCUGCGUGGUGGCCGCGGCGGCUGCGCGCAGCGAGAAGGAGCAGCUGCAGGCGCUGAACGACCGCUUCGCCGGCUACAUCGACAAGGUGCGGCAGCUCGAGGCGCACAACCGCAGCCUGGAGGGCGAGGCGGCGGCGCUGCGGCAGCAGCAGGCCGGCCGCGCCGCCAUGGGCGAGCUGUACGAGCGCGAGGCGCGCGAGAUGCGCGGCGCCGUGCUGCGCCUGGGCGCGGCGCGCGGCCAGCUGCGCCUGGAGCGGGAGCACCUGCUGGAGGACAUCGCGCACGUGCGCCAGCGCCUGGACGACGAGGCCCGGCAGCGCGAGGAGGCCGAGGCGGCGGCCCGCGCGCUCUCCCGCUUUGCGCAGGAGGCCGAGGCGGCGCGGGCCGAGCUGCAGAAGAAGGCGCAGGCGCUGCAGGAGGAGUGCGGCUACCUGCGGCGCCACCACCAGGAGGAGGUGGGCGAGCUGCUCGGCCAGAUCCAGGGCUGCGGCGCCGCGCAGGCGCAGGCGCAGGCCGAGGCGCGCGACGCCCUCAAGUGCGACGUGACGUCGGCUCUGCGCGAGAUCCGCGCGCAGCUCGAAGGCCACGCGGUGCAGAGCACGCUGCAGUCCGAGGAGUGGUUCCGAGUGAGGCUGGACCGACUGUCGGAGGCAGCCAAGGUCAACACAGACGCCAUGCGCACCGCGCAGGAGGAGAUAACGGAGUACCGGCGUCAGCUGCAGGUCAGGACCACAGAGCUAGAGGCUCUGAAAAGCACCAAGGAGUCGCUGGAGAGGCAGCGCUCCGAGCUGGAGGACCGUCACCAGGCCGACAUUGCCUCCUACCAGGAAGCCAUUCAGCAGCUGGACAAUGAGCUGAGGAACACCAAGUGGGAGAUGGCAGCCCAGCUCCGGGAAUACCAAGACCUGCUCAACGUCAAGAUGGCCCUGGACAUCGAGAUUGCCGCUUACAGAAAACUCCUGGAAGGCGAAGAGUGUCGCAUUGGCUUUGGCCCCAUUCCUUUCUCCCUUCCAGAAGGACUCCCCCAAAUCCCUUCCACAUCCACUCACAUAAAGGUCAAAAGCGAAGAGAAGGUCAAGACGGUAGAAAAGUCAGAGAAGGAGACGGUGAUAGUGGAGGAGCAGAUGGAGGAGAUCCAGGUCACCGAAGAAGUGACUGAGGAGGAAGAGAAAGAGGCCAAAGAGGAAGAAGGGGGAGAGGAGGAAGAAGCCAAGUCUCCCACAGAAGGAGGGGCUGCAUCCCCGGAAGAGGAGGCCAAGUCCCCAGCCGAGGCCAAGUCCCCAGUGAAGGAAGAGGCCAAGUCUCCAGCCGAGGCCAAGUCCCCAGUGAAGGAAGAGGCCAAAUCCCCAGCCGAGGCCAAGUCCCCCGAGAAGGCCAAGUCCCCAGUGAAGGAAGAGGCCAAGUCUCCAGCUGAGGCCAAGUCCCCCGAGAAGGCCAAGUCCCCAGUGAAGGAGGAGGCCAAGUCCCCAUUGAAGGAGGAGGCCAAGUCCCCCGAGAAGGCCAAGUCCCCAGUGAAGGAAGAGGCCAAGUCCCCUGAGAAGGCCAAGUCCCCAUUGAAGGAGGAGGCCAAGUCCCCUGAGAAGGCCAAGUCCCCAGUGAAGGAGGAGGCCAAGUCCCCCGAGAAGGCCAAGUCCCCAGUGAAGGAAGAGGCUAAGUCUCCAGCUGAGGCCAAGUCCCCCGAGAAGGCCAAGUCCCCAGUGAAGGAAGAGGCCAAGUCUCCAGCUGAGGCCAAGUCCCCCGAGAAGGCCAAGUCUCCGGUGAAGGAGGAGGCCAAGUCCCCCGAGAAGGCCAAGUCCCCAGUGAAGGAGGAGGCCAAGUCCCCCGAGAAGGCCAAGUCCCCAGUGAAGGAGGAGGCCAAGUCCCCCGAGAAGGCCAAGUCCCCAGUGAAGGAGGAGGCCAAGUCCCCCGAGAAGGCCAAGUCCCCAGUGAAGGAGGAGGCCAAGUCCCCCGAGAAGGCCAAGUCCCCAGUGAAGGAGGAGGCCAAGUCCCCCGAGAAGGCCAAGUCCCCAGUGAAGGAGGAGGCCAAGUCCCCCGAGAAGGCCAAGUCCCCAGUGAAGGAGGAGGCCAAGUCCCCCGAGAAGGCCAAGUCCCCAGUGAAGGAGGAGGCCAAGUCCCCCGAGAAGGCCAAGUCCCCAAUGAAGGAGGAGGCCAAGUCUCCAGCUGAGGCCAAGUCCCCUGAGAAGGCCAAGUCCCCAGUGAAGGAGGAGGCCAAGUCCCCCGAGAAGGCCAAGUCCCCAGUGAAGGAGGAGGCCAAGUCCCCCGAGAAGGCCAAGUCCCCAGUGAAGGAGGAGGCCAAGUCCCCCGAGAAGGCCAAGUCCCCAGUGAAGGAGGAGGCCAAGUCUCCAGCUGAGGCCAAGUCCCCCGAGAAGGCCAAGUCUCCGGUGAAGGAGGAGGCCAAGUCCCCCGAGAAGGCCAAGUCCCCAGUGAAGGAGGAGGCCAAGUCCCCCGAGAAGGCCAAGUCUCCGGUGAAGGAGGAGGCCAAGUCCCCCGAGAAGGCCAAGUCCCCAGUGAAGGAGGAGGCCAAGUCCCCCGAGAAGGCCAAGUCCCCAGUGAAGGAGGAGGCCAAGUCCUCAGAGAAGGAGACCCCCAAGAAGGAGGAGGUUAAAGUCAAAGAGCCCCCAAAGAAGGUGGAGGAGACAGCCCCCACCCCACCGAAAGUGGAGAAGGACAGCAAGAAAGACGAGGCUGAAGAUAAGAAAACAGCAGCUCCUGCCAAGGUGGAGGGGAAGGAGGAGGCUAAACCCAAAGAGAAGACAGAGGUGGCCAAGAAGGAGCCGGAGGAUGCCAAGGCCAAAGAACCCAGCAAACCCACGGAGAAGGAGCCCGAGAAGCCAAAGAAGGAAGAGACACCUGCAGCACCCGUGAAGCAGGAUGCCAAGGAGGAGGCCAAGAAGCCCGAGGAGAAACCCAAGACGGAGGCCAAGGCCAAGGAGGAUGACAAGGCCCUCUCAAAAGAGCCCAGCAAACCCAAGACGGAGAAGGCGGAGAAAUCCUCCAGCACGGACCAGAAAGAUAGCAGGCCUCCGGAGAAAGCCACAGAAGACAAGGCCGCCAAGGGGGAGAAAUAGAGCGGGAAGAAGGGAAGUCCCAGAGCAGCCAAAGACUCGGGGGGAGGGUGGUCCUGGAACUCAAGGGCCGGUGUAAGGAAUUUUCCUUCCCUCCCUCCCUUUUCUUUAUGUAAGAAGAAACUCUGCUUAGACGACGGGCCCUCCUUUGCCAAACAGGAAUUUCUGUUAGCAACAUGUUAGCGAGAGGGCGCCGACACCCACACCCCAACCCUCCCUAGGCGAUGGACAAUUAUGUUAUGAUAGCUUAUGUAGCCGAAUGUGAUGUACGCCGAAUGCCACACGUAAACACUUGACGACACAAACUGCCCCACCUCCUUUCCAAAUAAGUGCAUUUAUUUCCUGUAUGUACAACUGACUGAUGACCGCAAUGACGAAUGAGCAGUUAGACAUGCAUUACGCUUGAGAUGUCUUAACCUAUUCCCGAAUGCCUUCUGUUUUCCUAACGAGUGGUCAAGCCCUCCCCCCAAGCUCUCCGUCCUGGAAGAGCUGGAGCAGGUGGGGCUGGGCUGUGGCCACCGAACCAAGCCAGGGCGCACUUUCCACUGGAGUUCACUUUCAAUUGCUUCUGUGCAAUAAAACCAAGUGCUUAUA